CCAUCAGUGUAUAAUAACCUAUCACCAUCCAUGUCAUACCCACCUGCCCGCACCACCCAUAUCCUAGUGCCGUCCACCCAGAUACACCCUCCGUCAUCCCGCAUGCUGCACACCCAACAGUCGCUGCACCCUCCCCAGUCGCCCAAAUUGGUACCCAUGCACACCCAUCAAGCCGUCUUCCCUACCAACUCCCCCCAACUAAUGCAAAGCCAACCCACCCAGAACCCUCAGUCGAUAACCAUACAAACCCAGCCAGCCCUUUCUCCCCAACUUGUACCCAGUCACACCCAGCCAUCCAUGUAUACAAGCCAGUCCCAACCCACACCAAUCAUGCACACUCAGCACUCAUUCUACCCAGUAAGUACCCAGUCCUCCCACCCCUCACUACAACACAUACCUCAAUUCCCGUCAGCAGAUCUUCCGUCACCCCCAGCACAACUUUCAUCUCCCCUACCCUCAAUUCUGAUAUCCCCGGGUAUGAUUCGACGACAACACAGGGUGGUGUUUCGCCAGCCUACAGUAUCCCCACCUCCUUCUUCCCCAGUUCCCCCUCGAUCCCUCCCAGGUCCCCUUCAAUCCCUCCCAGGACCAGAUUUGCUCUCUUUGCCAUCUGCAAAUAUGAGACGCUCACCAAAGGGUCUGCAGCGCCAGACUGCAGUUACGCUACCAUCAUCAUCACCACCCUCAUUAGUACCAACAACAUCAUCAUCAUCACAAGUAGUGCCGCCCGUACCACCACCUCGGAUCUCAUCAUCAAUAGCAACCAUUUCCGGGCGUUCAUCGGUACCUCGUAGAUCCCCGGUACCCGUGCCCCCUCCGAGAAUCCAACUGCAAAGACAGGCUAGUCAAAUUGCCAACGAGCCACCUGGUUUCAACCAGCGUAGCAUGCCUCCUGCAGGGCACAACCAAAGGAUGCCUCCAGUGAACACGUCGUAUGACAACUAUGACUAUGACUACGACUACGUUCAGGAGGAGCCUAUACAGCGACGCAACAGGGAAGGUGUCAUGGCCGACAUGCAGCAGUAUAACAAUAAGCCAAGAGUGCCUACUUACUUGUAA